UGCACGUGUGUGUGUUUCUGUGUGUGUGUGUGUGUGGGUGGGUGCUCUUCUACAUAUGCUUCGUGUGUGUGUGUGUUUGUUGGUGAGGUAGCUACUUCCGUGGUUCUUUUAGUGCCAUCAGUGUUUUUUAUCAUUCAUCAUGACCACAGUGAAGGAGUCGAGCGCUCCAGCGAAGGCAGCUCCGCACCAAGACCAGGAGUUGGUGGGCGGUAACCCUUCACAGAGGAACUGGAAGGGAAUCUUAAUCGCUCUGCUGGUUAUUCUGAUCAUCUGCUCUCUUAUCGUCACCUCCGUUGUCCUGCUCACACCAGGUGAAGAUGACAGUCUGGCCUUGAAGAGUAAAGUGACACUGGUGGACAUUUUCAGGAAGGACUUCAGAGUUCAUGACCCUGAGGCGAAAUGGAUCAGUGAUGAGGAGAUUCUGUAUCGCACUCGUGAAGGUGAUGUGCUGAAGUUGAACGUGGAGAAAAAUGAGAGCACAGUGCUGGUGUCCAACAGGAAGUUUGAAAUGUAUAAGGCCAUCAAGUAUGAGCUUUCUGCAGACCUGAAACAUGUUCUGCUGGCCUACAACGUGGAGCCAUGUUAUCGACACUCCUUCACUGCAUACUACAUCAUCUGUAGUUUAGAGACUCCAGAAACAUGGAUUCUGACUCCUCCAGAAGUGCGUAAUGCUCCUCUUCAAUACGCAGGAUGGGGACCACGAGGACAGCAGCUGAUUUUUAUUUUUGAGAAUAAUAUCUACUACCGCUCCACCGUCGAGAGCCGAACCAUCCGCCUAGUUUCCACUGGCAAAGAAGGUGUGAUAUUCAAUGGCCUUGGUGAUUGGUUGUAUGAGGAGAUGAUCUUCCAGUCCCAUGUGGCUCACUGGUGGUCUCCUGACGGGAAUCAUCUGGCAUACGCCUCCAUCAACGACACUCUGGUGCCCAAGAUGGAGCUGCCUUUGUUCACAGGGUCAGCAUACCCAACAAGCCGAGUGUACCAUUACCCCAAAGUUGGAGAGGAAAACCCUGUGAUCUCUCUGUAUGUGGUGAACCUGAAUGGACCAUUACACACCAUCCAGAUGAAGAGACCAGACGACCACAGGAGCCGAGAAUUUUAUAUAACGAUAGUGAAAUGGGCCACGAGCACGAAGCUGGCAGUGAAGUGGUUAAACCGAGCACAGAACUUCUCCCUUUUGACCAUGUGUGAAGCCAGGACGGGAGUCUGUACCAAGAUACAUGAAAAUGUGAGUGACAGCUGGCUGGACAGACAGAAUGAAGCUCCGCUUUUCUCUAAAGACGGCCUGAAGUUCUUCGUCACUUAUGCUGUCCCUCAUGGAGGGCGGGGCAAAUUCUACCAUGUGGGCAUGGGAACAUCACAGCCCAACCGCACCUCAGACACUCUGCAGUCAAUCACAAAAGGCACCUGGGACGUUACACACCUUCUGGCCUACAGCGAGGACACCCAGCUCAUAUACUACGUGAGCACAGAGCAGGAUCCCAGACGUCGCCACCUGUACAGUGCUGAGACAGUGGGGUCUUUCACUCGGCUCUGUCUCUCCUGUGGGGUUUCAGACACCUGCGGAUUUGUGAGCAGCUCCUUCAGCCACAACAUGACCUUCUUCCUGCUCCACUGUAAAGGACCUGGUGUCCCAUCUGUGUCCGUCUACAGAACCAAGGACAGACAGAAGCUGUUGGUCAUCGAACCAAACCUGAAACUCCAGAAUACUGUAGACUCCAUGCAGAUGCCCCAAGUCGAGUACAGAAAGACAGACGUAGAGGAUUACACUCUGUCACUGCAGAUCCUGAAACCUCCCGGCUUCAAAAACACGGCACAUUACCCUCUACUGCUGCUCGUGGACGGGACUCCAGAAGGACAGGCCGUGUCAGAGCAGUUCCAGGUGGACUGGGUCACAGUGUUGGUCAGCAGUUUGGGUGUGAUCGCUGUACGCUGUGAUGGGCGUGGCAGUGGCUCUCAGGGCUCCAGGUUCAUCCACACGCUUGACCAGGAGGACCAGCUGAAGGCUCUCAGCAUUUUAGCGAAAGAGCCAUACAUCGACAAAACCAGGAUCGGUGCUUUUGGACAGGUGUAUGGAGGACACAUCACCAGCCUGCUGCUCAGCUCUGAGGCCUCUGUACUGAAGUGUGGAGCUGUUUUCUCACCCAUUACUGACUUCCGACUCUAUGCAUCGUUUUUUUCCGAGCGAUAUUUUGGCCUUCCACAUCCAGAACGUCGAGCGUAUGAGAUUUUCAAUUUCACACAAUGUGCAUCUCAGUUUGUUGAUAAGAAGUUUUUGAUCAUUCACCCGACUGCAGAUGAAAAAGUCCAUUUUCAGCACACGGCGAAAUUCAUCUCAGGGUUAAUUGGUGGGAAAGCAAAUUACAGCCUCCAGAUUUAUCCAGAUGAAGGUCACUUCCUGCACAGCAAGGCGAUGAGGCGGCACCUCGGUCAGUCCCUGCUCCACUUUUUUGAAGAGUGUUUCAGGCGAUCAGACAACACGUUUGAAGAUGACCAAGAGGAAAAGAACAAAGUCCAGGGUUAGGAUCCUCUGGCUCACUCUGCUCAAGCACAAAGCAACUUGUCCGAUCUGGUUAAAGAACUCAGACUUUGUUUUUAAACUCAGCUCACCUUCCAAGGACAUCAUCCUCAUUUCUUUCACUGUACAGAGAAUUUCCCUCUGUGGACAUUUUCCUCUUAACCCACUGCUCCUGUCCUUCUCCUGUGUGUGCACCAACAGCGGCUUUGCUGUCUGAAAACGACUGAGGUCAAAAGGACGGUCUUUCCAUCACUUUGUUUGACAGAUUUCUCUGAUUAACUGACUGCCAGCAGCAAGGAAUAUGACCAAACCCCCUGAAACAGUGUUCAGACUAAAAGCAGGACAGGAUUUCGAGCACAUGGUGUAUAGACUGAAUGGGAACACUGUUUAUCCAGCUGCUCUGGGACUCACUGUCCCCCCCCCCCCCCCCUUUUAAUGAAGACAUGGUGGAUGGAGGUUGGUUUGUGGUCAUGGUUGGGUUGUACAUCAGAAAGUUCUUAUAUUGUAUUGUGUUUGUGUCUGUUGCACUGAUGUAAAGUAACAAAUUAAAUGAAAUAUCAGCUUGGGUAUUGUAAUGGAAAUUUCUAAUAAACACUUCAGAACGCUUA